UAAUUUUACUUAUACAUGUUCUUGUCUCACCUAGAUAUUAUAGGAGAGAUAGAUUACGUUGUCUUUGACACUGACGGCGAGACAUAUGCAGCCAUCUACGACUGUCAGCAGGUAACCACCCUCGGACACCGCCAGUCUGCUGCCAUUCUCUCACGGACACCUUCACUUCCUGCAGCAACUAUCGUAGAGAUCAAACAGAAGUUACAGAACUUCAAUGUCAACACUAACAAUUUUGACAAAAUCAAUCAACGUGAUUGUAUUCGUCGCGGAGACUCUGGCCUCAACAUUGACAUUGACGAAGAUACAUUCAAGAAUCUCAUAAACGGUGCUUCAGAAAGCUUUCAAACUAUUGCUACCCAGGUGAGAAACGUUGCUAGAACUGUGGCCAACGUGACCAAACAACUGGGGUCACUAUAAGACGUGUCACAUGCUACCAGGGCCACUAUAAUGCUCGAUAAUGAUGCUGAAAUACUUAUCCAGAUAACUUCAUUGUAGCUCAUUCCUCUGUUGUGCUGUAAUUUGUUGCAUAUUAUUACUUAGAUUAAUAUAAGACAAGACAAAAUUUCGAGUAAUUAAACAAUGUUGAUGUAAACAGAGAAGGAAGAAGUAUUUAAUUAAAAAAGUUUAAUGGAAAGAAAGUUGAUGAAAACUGACAUAAAUAAACCAAAAAUAUUUGAGAAAAUUAACAAAAAAAUAUAAUGAAUAAGGAGAUUUAGAGUUCAUAGACAAUAAGAAAAUCAAGUAGAGUAAAAUAAGGCUGUCACACACACUGGUAUUAAUAAUUUCCGAUUAUAUAAUUUGUUUUUUAUCAAUUA